UGGAGACCGCACCAAAUAAAAACAACGUGCUUUGCGUUUUCCAUGCUUUUCCAUCCAUUUUCAUUCUUCAGUACGGUAGCUUCGCUUCACAGUUUGUUAAAUCGGAGUGCGUUUUACUGAAGUAUCAGCAAAUUACCUAUUCAAAAACAAUUGCAAUUGUAAUUAUUCAUCUGGCAAAACCUAGUUUGUGCUCAUCGAAAUCGGAAUUCUUGAUUUAGGAAUGGCAGUCAAGGGUAAGAAGGCUCAGAAGCAGCAGCAGAAGCCACCAAAGUUGGUGAAGCAGCCGGUAGAAGAAGACGAGGAAGAGGAUGAGGAAGAAGUAGAAGAGCAGUCUGAAGAGGAAGUGGUCGAGCAGCAAGAAGAUGAAGAGGAGUCAUCGGAAGACGAGGAGGAUGCAGCAGAAAAGGAAGUGGUUGAAAAAACGACAGCGGACCAAGACGACGAUGACAUGCAGACUACGGUCUUCGUAGGUCGUAUCAAUUUCAAGCUCACCAAGAAGGAAUUGGAUGAUUUCUUUUCUAAGGCUGGUGAAAUUCAGUCCAGUCGAAUCAUCUCAAAGAGAGGGUACGCAUUCGUCUCUUUCAAGGACGCAGCUUCUGUUAAUGAAGCACUCAAAUUGGACAAAAAGGAACUGGCUGGAAAAACGAUACAUGUCGAAAGGGUCAAGUCGAGAAGAUCAGAUGGCACCCAGGCGAAACAAUUAAAACGUAAGCAUAAUAAAGAGGAGAAUGAGAGCAGCGCCAAAAAGGCUAAAUUGGGCGACAAAAUCGUUGAGCUGAAAAAGAGUCCCAACGGCGGUAAAGGUAAACCCAAAACUCAACAGCAAUCAAAUCCGAACAAGAAGAAGAACAAGCCUAAACCAGGGCAGUUUGUGAAGGCCUGAUGAUUAAAUUGAGUUUAUAUUAUAAUGCAAUAUAUUAUAUCUAAUGACUAAGGUAUACAUUACAAAACGUGUAUAAUAAAUAUUGGAUUACUAAAUAUAAUAUA